UCCCUCUGGCCCCCUCUGCUCCGGCCAAGCUCUCCCUGGGCCCCUCCCACCGGUCACACCCACUAGCCACGCCCCCGCGCGGCCACGCCCCCGUUGCCCUGGUCUCCCUCUGGCAAGCUCCGCGAGUGGAGUCAGGAAAGGACGCGCCACGCCAGCUGUCCGCCGACCCCCAAUCCCGGCCCCCGCGCCCAUGGCCGCACCCGGACCCCGCGCCUUGCGUGCUGCUUUCUGCGGCGGCUGUUGUUGCCUCCUCCUGUGUGCCCAGCUGGUUAUAGCUGGUAAAGGAGCGCGAGGCUUUGGGCGGGCAGCCUUGAUCCGCCUGAACAUCUGGCCUACUGCCCAAGGGGGCUGCAAACACCUGGGACACUGUGAACGCUGUGUGGACAGAGCCCACAACCUCUCCGUUUGCGUCUGGCAGCAGUGCGGGCCAGAAGAGCCAGGACAUUGUGUCGCCCAAGCUGAGGUGGUCAAGGAGGGUUGCUCUGUCUAUAACCGUUCAGAGUCAUGCCCAGCUUCCCACCACCACCCCACCCAUGAACCGAAGACGAGCACAACAGGGAGUCCCCCCGUCCCUGAAGCCCACAGCCCGGGUUUUGACGGCGCCAGCUUCAUCGGGGGCAUUGUGCUGGUGUUGAGCCUGCAAGCAACAGCCUUCUUUAUACUGCGCUUCCUCAAGGCCAAGGACAGCACUUACCAGACACUAAUCUGACCCCCCAGUGGUCCUGGCUCCACCUUGAAGGGACAGAGGACUCAGAGGCCACCCUCUUGAUUGCCUUAUGAGCACUGGGGGUGGGGCACACUUUGGCCACCCAUUUCUGGCCCCUGUAGGCACAGGGCACCAAGCAGGCUUAGCGCCGAUGACUGACAAUCUUUCCUGUCCUGGGCCCGGCACCUGUAGCUGAGAGCAUCCUUCACCCACCUCAUGUUUCAUCCAGCCCGCUGAGCCCCCAGCCUGGUACUUGAGGUCUGUUGCUGCUUCUCACCAACCCAGUCUGGGGUCUACCCCCAAAUAAAGGACCUGCUUCCACCCCGUGA